GCAAGGCGGGACGCUGAGCUCCAAAUCAGUGUCGUCGCCGAUAGUGUGCGACAAAGCGCUCGGAGCAAGCUCGUGUGGACGACCCCCCUCGAUCAAGAAGACGUGCAGCAUGGGCACCCUACAAGGAUCCAACGGAGUCGGCGUCAACGGCGUCCGCCGCGUGGACGGACAACAGGAGAUGCCCGGCGAAGAGGAGACUUUCCUCUUCACCUCCGAGUCGGUCGGUGAGGGGCACCCCGACAAAAUGUGCGACCUCAUCAGUGACGCAGUACUGGAUGCAUACCUGGCCAAGGACCCAGACGCAAAGGUGGCAUGCGAGUCGGUUGCUAAAACAGGCAUGAUCCUCCUUGCCGGUGAGAUCAGCUCUAUUCACACGAUCGACUACCAGAGGGUCGUCCGGGAUACCAUCAAGCACAUCGGAUACGACGAUUCCUCCAAAGGUUUUGAUUACAAGACAUGCAACGUAGUCGUCACGAUCGAACAGCAGACGCAAGAAAUCGCCAAGGGCGUUCAUCACAACCGCGAAGAAGACGACCUUGGUGCAGGCGACCAGGGCUUGAUGUUCGGCUACGCUACUGACGAGACCCCCGAAUGUAUGCCGCUCACCGUCGUGUUGGCCCACAAGCUGAACGAACGGCUCGCCGAGCUUCGAAGGAACGGCACCUUCUGGUGGGCAAGACCCGAUUCCAAGUCUCAGGUGACAUGCGAAUAUGCGUUUCGGCACGGCGCCACGGUUCCCAGGCGUGUGCACACGAUCGUUGUCUCGACGCAACACUCGGACGGGGUUUCGCUGGAGGAGAUCCGGCAGCAGGUCAUGGAGCAAGUGAUCCGGGUCGUUGUGCCCGAGAAGUAUCUGGACGACGAGACCGUCUUCCACAUCAACCCUUGCGGCAGCUUUACAGAAGGCGGACCCAUGGGUGACGCAGGUCUGACGGGCCGCAAGAUCAUCGUGGACACGUACGGCGGAUGGGGAGCGCACGGGGGCGGUGCCUUCUCGGGCAAGGAUCCAACUAAAGUGGACCGCUCGGCCGCGUACGCUGCUCGCUGGGUGGCCAAAUCGCUCGUCGUGGCCGGCCUCUGCAAGCGCUGCCUCGUUCAGCUGUCGUAUGCCAUUGGCAUCGCCCAGCCAGUUUCCAUUUCAAUCUUCACCUACGGCACUGCGAUCAAGACGCCUAGGGAGUUACUCCACAUUGUGAAGGAGAAUUUCGACCUCAGACCCGGAAAAAUCAUCAAGGACCUCAAGCUAAAGGAGCCCAUCUACAGGAGAACCAGUGCAUACGGACAUUUUGGUCGGUCCGAGUUCACAUGGGAACAACCAAAAAAGCUGAUUGUCUGAGAUGGUGACAACACAAGCUACUUGUCCAUGGCUUUCGCUGCAGAAGACAGCUUGCAGUUUGAUGUGAUGUGGCUCUGGUUGUGCACAAGGCCACAGUUCUUAACUUUUAAUACAUGGCUCCCAUGGAGCUCACUUCAUGUAUUAAGUGAUUAUUGUUGGUACAUUACAGUAA